AUGGCUACUAUUGAAAAUAAUCAAUCACAUAACAAAAAAAACAAACUUUCGAUGGAUAUUGAAAGUAACCAAUCACUUAACAGCAAAAACAAACUUUCGGUGGAAUAUGAUCAAAAUGGAGCUUCUUUUAUAUUUGGUAAAAACGAACCUUCGGAAUACGUAAAAUCAGAAACAUCGGAAUACGUAAAAUCAGAAACAUCAGAAUACAUCAAAUCAGAAAAAUCGGGUCCAGUUUUUGAGAUUGUAAAUACUACUCCAUCGAAAGAAAAAAAAUUUCAUCUUAUUUAUUAUCUCUGUGACAGCAUUUAUCGCUCCUAUUUCUAG